GGCUACUUCUUGCACAUGCUCUCCGUAAACUGAUCAUAUGUAGUAACCCGCGGCGUCUGCCGACUCGCACAAAUUUACCCGCCGCCGUCUAGCCGUCAUUAACCCUCCUCCACUCAUAAACCCUCCCGAAAAAGAGGGACUCCGCAAUGCAAGCGGUCGUCGCGUCACGGUGCAUUAGGGCGCGCGAUUUUUUGCUGCGCAGGAGAGAGACGAUGGCGGUCGUGGGUUGUACCCGGAUUUCUUGCCACAGCGCCGCCGUACACUUCCGCCCUCCCCCUCUGUCUUCGCAAGCCUUCACGACUUGCCUCUCUCUCCGCGCAUACCAACGGCAUGGAGCGAACCCUCACCUCUUGAAGCGCAUCAAUGGAUUCUUGUCGGACUCCCCGCCUAGACCUCCCCAAAUACCUGGUUCGAUGCCAAAUGGGUAUUCUUUAUACUCGACGUCUAUGGGGAGUGAGGUAGUGAGUGGAAAACAAGGUACAAAGCAAGGGGAAAAGGCUACUGUUGUGAAAGCGGGAGAUCCAGAGGAACAAGUUGCGGACACUAAGAUUCUACGUACUCUUGUGAAGUACUUGUGGAUGAAAGAUAACCCUGAGUUCCGGUGGCGGGUGAUUGCUGCCUUGGGUUUCUUGGUUGGAGGCAAGGUUUUGAAUGUUCAGGUGCCUUUCCUGUUCAAGCUUGCUGUUGAUUGGUUAACAACGGCAACAGGCAAUGCUACUGCUCUUGCUUCUUUUACAAGUGCUAAUUCUACGGUCUUAGCUCUUUUUGUGACCCCCGCAGCCGUUUUAGUUGGAUACGGGAUAGCACGGGCAGGGGCUGCUGCUUUCAAUGAGUUGCGAACUGCUGUGUUCUCCAAGGUUGCAUUACGAACGAUCCGAUCUGUAUCUAGGAAGGUGUUCGCACAUUUGCAUGAGCUUGACCUUAGUUACCACCUCAGUCGGGAAACAGGUGCUUUAAGUCGGAUUAUUGAUCGUGGUAGCCGUGCAAUAAACUUUAUCCUUUCUGCCAUGGUAUUCAAUGUCGUACCCACCAUCUUAGAGAUAUGUAUGGUAUCAGGUAUACUGGCAUACAAAUUCGGUGCACCAUUUGCGUGGAUCACUUCUCUAUCAGUUGCUGCAUAUGUUAUUUACACAUUGACGAUAACUCAGUGGAGGACCAAGUUUAGGAAGGCCAUGAACAAAGCUGAUAAUGAGUCAACUAAGAGGGCAGUAGAUUCACUUCUUAAUUAUGAGACAGUCAAAUAUUUCAACAAUGAGGCUUAUGAAGUACAGAAGUACGAUGAGCUCCUAAAGAGGUAUGAAGAUGCUGCAUUAAAAACGCAACGCAGCCUUGCUUUCUUGAACUUUGGUCAAAAUGUAAUAUUUAGUGCAGCUCUAUCAGCAGCUAUGGUAUUGUGUUCCCAGGGGAUUAUGAAUGGCCAGAUGACAGUUGGUGAUUUGGUUAUGGUAAAUGGGCUCCUCUUCCAGCUGUCUCUCCCUCUCAACUUCCUUGGCAGUGUGUAUCGUGAGACUGUACAAAGUCUUAUCGACAUGAAGUCUCUGUUUCAGUUAUUAGAGGUGAAACCUGAAGUUCGAGAUGAACCUGAUGCAAAGCCUCUGGAUCUACAUGGUGGCGAGAUCAAAUUUGACAAUGUUCACUUCAGUUAUGUGCCGGAAAGAAAGAUUCUUAAUGGGGUAUCUUUUGUUGUGCCUGCUGGAAAAAGUGUUGCUAUUGUUGGAACCAGUGGCAGUGGAAAGUCUACCAUUCUUAGACUGAUGUUCAGAUUUUUUGACACCCAUUCUGGAAAUAUAAGGGUAGAUGGUCAACUUAUACGGAAUGUAACACUGGAGAGUCUUCGGAAGCCAAUUGGUGUUGUUCCACAAGAUACUGUACUUUUCAAUGACACAAUAUUUCAUAACAUUCAUUAUGGUCGCCUUUCAGCAACAACGGAGGAGGUUUAUGAUGCCGCUCGUCGGGCAGCAAUUCAUGACACCAUCAUGAAUUUCCCCGAAAAAUAUUCAACCGUGGUAGGGGAACGUGGCUUGAAGUUAAGUGGUGGUGAGAAGCAACGCGUGGCACUAGCUCGUGCAUUCCUGAAAGCGCCUACCAUUCUGCUUUGCGAUGAAGCUACCAGCGCUCUUGAUAGCACAACGGAAGCAGAGAUACUGAAUGCUUUGAAGUCCCUUGCUAAUAACAGAACUUCAGUCUUUGUAGCUCAUAGGCUUACAACGGCGAUGCAGUGCGAUGAGAUUAUAGUUCUCGAGAACGGCAAGGUGGUGGAGCAAGGACCCCAUGAAAUUCUUUUGUCAAAGGCAGGAAGAUAUGCCCAGCUUUGGGGACAGCAAAAUAAUGCUCCUGAUGGAGCUGAUGUAGCCCUCAAAGUCUAGGCAUGGCAGUUUUGUAUAUUCCACAAUGCCCAGAAAAUUUCAAAUGGUAUAGUCUUGUAAAAUACUGUAGUAUCCAAGUUUUUUUUUAAUUUAUAUAAAUCAGUCCUCAAUUAUGUUUUCCUAAUUGAUAGUCAGUGUAACUGGAGGAAACAAUCCCAGCAUUUUCUGGCCAUUGCAAUUCUUGAUGUGCGCAUAUAUUAAACGGUGUGUUGUGCCA